GUUCUGGAGGAAGGGAAGAAGACCGAUGGCCUCAGACAGUGGACAUGGACUGCGAACUUGGCUGGGCCUCUGCUUUGUCGUUUGGGUCAUGCUUUCCUUUCCUCUUGGGAGACAUUAAAUGGGAGCCUAGGGGGCCGAAGCAUCAAGUGGCGCCGUUUCCUCCCUUCAGAGCCAACCCUGCUGGGCUUCUCGGGUCAGAUCAGCCCUGGCCCGGGGUCAGCCCGGCGGGGAAAGCGGCCCCCCUCCGCUGGCGACCUCAGAGCUCCAGGGCACAGCCCAGCGCACCUGCCCCUCCCACGCCUGCCCAGCGCACCUGCCGGGUCCGCACCUGCACCUGCCAUUUGCCCGACUGGCUGCGCACCCAGCUGGCACGCCCCUGCCCGACACGACUGCUGACCGCCCCUUGCCUUCCUGACCCGGGGGCUCAGCUGGCUGCUGUCGCCUGGGAGCUGCCGCCAGGGCCAGGAGUGGAGCGGCACCUGGAAGAUGCGCCCGUUGAUAAGCGGCUCAUGGGAGAAAAGCUGGGAAAUGUUGCCAGAGGAAUAAACAUUGCCAUUGUCAACUAUGUAACUGGGAAUGUGACAGCAACACAACGUUUUGAUAUGUAUGAAGGUGAUAACUCUGGACCGAUGAUAAAGUUUAUUCAGAGUGCUCCUCCAAAGUCCCUGCUCUUCAUGGUGACCUAUGACGACGGAAGCACAAGACUGAAUGAUGAUGCAAAGAAUGCCAUAGAAGAACUUGGAAGUAAAGAAAUCAGGAACAUGAAAUUCAGGUCUAGCUGGGUAUUUCUUGCAGCAAAAGGCUUUGAACUCCCUUCCGAAAUUCAGAGAGAAAAGAUCAACCACUCUGAUACUAAGAACAACAGAUAUUCUGGCUGGCCUGCAGAGAUCCAGAUAGAAGGCUGCAUACCCAAAGAACCAAGCUGACGCUGCAGGGUCCUUAAUAAAUGUGUUCUGUAUAAACAAAUGCAGCUGGAAUCGCUCAACAAUCUUAUUUUUCUAAAUCCAACAGUCCAUAGUUGAUGAGUAUUUUGGGUUUGUUGUAAACCAAUGAGCAUUUGCUAGUUGUAUCAAAUCUUGGUACACAGUAUUUUUAUACCAGUAUUUUAUAUAGUGAAGAUGUCAAUUAGCAGGAAACUAAAACGAAUGGAAAUUCUUAAAGGUAAUGAUGUGAUUCAAGCUGGAAAGAGGGUUGGGUGAAACAACUUGUCCAGGUGGAGCUAUGUUAUGAUCAGAUCUAAGUGUGACCCCUGUGUGGUCCAGACAGCUCUGCAGAGAGAAAACCUUUAUUCCAUUAUCACGAAGCACCUCCUAGUUUCCGACAGUCGUCUCCUUCUGCCGGGAGAAUUAGCAGCAGUUCUGAGGGCUUUGGUAACCUCCUUGUUCAACUCAAGUUGAGCUCUUGCAGUCUUCC